GCGAAGAAGAAGAAGCAGCACGUGCACGUUGUUGUCGAAUUUGAAUUAGUUUUGUUUUUAGCCAGAUUUUAAGUUAAUACCGCCUUGCUGCGCCAGCAAAAUGACCAAAACAGCGCCAAAGGGGCGCCCAAAGGCCAAGACGCCCUACAAACGCUACUUUGAGGCGGAAAAGGACUCGAAAACGGACAACGACGGCGGGGGCCUGGAAUACGUGAAACUGAAGAGCAAAAACCAACAGAAUUUCGUCGGAGAUUUCAUCAAGAUGAAUGAUAAGGCCAAGAAGCCGCGUCCCCAGAAGGCUCCGGCCAAGCCCACACAAAAAGAGCUGGAGCCCAAGCCCAAGAAGAACCCGAUUCCCGAGGAGAUCCUCCAGAAGUACUCACGUGGCGAGCAAGUGCAGCCAAAGGGCGUGAAGACGCGCCACUUCAAGGAGCAGCAGACGCGCAAGGAGGUCUACCUCGAGUAUGCCACCGAGCAGGCGGCCCGAACGGAGCUGCUGCUCCAGGAAACCGCUGGACAACUGGAGGCCGACGAGGGCGAAACCACCGCCGAGUACAGACAGUCCCAGAUAGCCGACAACGUGGACCUGCAGUCGUCGGCCAAGCAUUUCCAGCUGAACAUGGAGUUCGGCCCCUACCAAAUGCGAUACACCAAGAACGGCAGGCAUUUGCUGCUCGGCGGCCGGCGCGGGCAUGUGGCCGCCUUCGAUUGGGUUACCAAGCGGCUGCACUGCGAAUUCAAUGCCAUGGAGAGCGUCGAGGAUGUCCAGUGGCUGCAUGUGCCCACCAUGUUCGCCGUGGCCCAGAAGACCUGGGUCUAUUUCUACGACAAGAAGGGCACCGAACUGCAUUGCAUCAAGCGGCUGAACCGGGUCAAUCGCCUGGACUUCCUGCCCUACCACUUCCUUCUGGCCGCCGGCAACAGUGCUGGCUAUGCAUCCUGGCUGGACGUCUCCAUUGGCGAGCUGGUGGGUAAUUUCAACACCGGCUUGGGCGAUAUACGCAUGAUGCGCCACAAUCCCCGGAACGGAGUGCUCUGCAUUGGCGGCGGUCGCGGCGUGGUGUCCAUGUGGUCGCCCAAGGUUCGUGAGCCGCUGGCCAAGCUGCUGUGCCAUUCGACAGCCAUGACAGCGCUGACCGUGGAUCCCAAGGGCCAGCAUCUGGUCACCGCCGGUCUGGAUCGGGCUGUGAAGGUGUGGGACAUCCGCAUGCUGGUCCACGACAAGCCGCUGACUCACUUCCAACUGCGCCUGGCCGCCAACGAGCUGGAUGUCUCGCAGCGCGGCAUGCUGGCGCUUUCGCAGGGCACCUAUCUGGAGACCUACUCGGAUCUGCUCUCCGGCGGCGGAUCGGGCGACGGAACGCGGCUGCCCUACCUCCGCCAGCGCUGCGAUGCCUUUGUCCACGGUCUGCGUUUCUGCCCGUACGAAGAUGUGCUCGGCGUGGCCACCGCCAAGGGCUUCCAAUCGCUGUUAGUGCCUGGCUCUGGGGAGCCCAACUUCGAUGCCCUGGAGGACAAUCCUUACGAGACAUCGAAGCAGCGACGGGAGCACGAGGUGCACGCCCUGCUUGAGAAGAUUCCGCCCGAGCUGAUUACCCUGGACCCGCUAGAGAUCACCGGCGUAGAUGCACCCACGCUGCAGGAGAAGAUCGAUGCCAAGAGGAAGCUGUUUCACGUGAAGGCGCCUCGCAUCAACAUGAAGCCGCGCCACAAGAUGAAGGGACGUGGCGGUACUGCAAAGGCGGCGCGCAACAAGCAGAUCGUCAAGGAUGCCAAGCGCAAGGAGUUCAUUGCCGAGGUGAGGGAGGCCAAGAAGACCGUGAUCAAGCAGCACACAACCAAGGAGGGUGCCAAGGGCAAGGCCAAGGCACCGCGCUCCGUCCUCGAUCGGUUCAAACCCAAGCCCCCCAAGAAACAGAAGACCUGAGAAUAGUUCGUCUUAAGCAAGAGGAAUAUAAUGUAUACAUUAAACUAUUUGUAUAAGCUAUACAAGAA